UGAUCUGUAGUCAAACAAGGUUCCGACCUUUCGUUUCUUGCUGCUGGGGAAACGGGCCUUUUUAUUUAUUUAUGUAUUUUUAGCGAGAAAGCUUCUUCGGGUAUCUUGCAGUCUCUUUGGCUUGUCCCGCCGUCGGAAAGACUCUUGCACGUCAAUCCCGCUGUGAAAAGCGGGCCGAGUGGAGUAGGGGAAACGCCUGCGUGCAAAUCUAUUGCAAACAGAAUCUGCUGGCAGAGUUCGAAAGCGAAAGUAAACUUUCUCCGUGGAGGACAGCGACUAUGGCAGAAGAUAAACUUUCAAAAAUAUUUAUAAGUGAGACUGAACUACUGGAAGAACUAGAAAAAUGGAAGGAAAAGCUGGAAAAAAUUGAAAAGCAAAAGUCUGAAAUCCUUCUUUCAAAACUUGACCUUGAUGAGCAAAGAAAAAUGAAGCAAAAGGCUCUGGCAGAUCUACUAGCUCAAAGUAAUAAGCAGGCAACUGAAAGAAAGAAGAUACAGAAGAACCAACAGGAGCAACUUUUCUUAAUACAUGAGCAAAAUAAUAAGCUGAAAAAGGAAAUUGAAGUCCUUAAGAUGAAUCUGGCAACAAAGAAAGUGAAACGUGAAGAACUUAGAAGGAGUUUUUCGCUUCAGCAAUGCCUACUUAAAAAAAAAAUGAAGUUUGUGCACCUAGAGGAGGCCAAGGAUGAAGAUGACUGCACAAACAUGUCCUGCAGUUUUCACCUAGCUACAAAAAUCCCAUUCACAGUGAACCAAGGAGAGGCUCUCAUUCAGUUUGAAGAAGAAUCUGUUGCUCAGCAGCUGAUUAGAAAACAUAACCAUGUCAUCAACCUGGAAAAUAAGGAGGUUGCUUUGAAAGCCUACCCUGUUGCUUUGGCGAUGGGAACAGCAUUUAAGAUCCAUGUUAAGCUCUCUCAAAAGGUGAUUUAUGUUUCUAACAUCCCAAACGUAAACAUUGCUAAGGAGUGGAUGAGAGAGAAAUUGGAGCUCCUUUUCUACAAAGUGAAACUGGGUGAAAUUCAGUCAAUAUUAUAUGAUCCAUCCCUACAAGAGGCCAUUGUUACCUUUUGUCAGCCUAUAGCUCUUAAUAAAAUAAUAAGUUAUGGACAAUACAGUAUCAAUGUGUUUGGAAGGACUCAUUUUCUCAGUGUUUCACCCCUCAAAAAAAGCAAUGUGGAAAAAGUUCAGAUGUUUUCAGGGACUUCCAGGAAAGCUGUACUAUUAAUAGGAAUCGUUGCAGAACAGAAAGAUGAGAAUGUGGAAGACAUGAUUGAAAUUCACUUCCAGAAACCCAGCAAUGGAGGAGGUGAAGUGGAUCGAGUGACCUAUAUUCCCAAAGGAAUGAAAACUGCCUAUUUUGAGAUAGAUAAAGCGGAUUUUAUAUGAGAGUCUUGAAGAUGUGGACCAGGGGUCUUAAAUUUGCCAAGUUUGGAGGCCUCUGAUGGAGACUGUCUCAGCUUCCUACUAUGCCAAGAGUUUAAUAAUUGAAUACUAAACCUGCAGUUUUUUUAGGAGCGAAGC